AUGCACAGCAACGAGAUGCAACCAGACGCUGAACUUACGGGCACAACCGAGCAACAAGACGUCUCUGCGGUUUCCACCCGACUCCCACCAUACUGGGACCGCAACCCUGCAGUUUGGUUUCUUCAAGCGGAAUCGCAAUUUAUUCUCUCUGGCGUUCGCACGGAACAACGCAAGUACCACCUAGUUGUUUCGGCACUAUCGCCUACUGCUGCAGAAGAAGUUGCCGACCUGCUUUCUGGACCGGCUUCCGCCACUCCAUACAGCGAUCUUAAGGCUGCACUUCUCGAGCGCACAACAACAUCGCAGCGAGCCCGCAUGCAGCAGUUGCUCUCCGCAGAGGACUUGGGAGACCGUCGGCCAAGCCAGCUCCUUCGCCGUAUGCGACAGCUCAUGAGCGGCAACACAACAGUAAACGAUGACCGCCUCCUUCGGGAACUGUUCAAGCAGCGCCUUCCAGUAAACGUUCAGAUGAUACUCGCUACAGCCACGCUAAUGGACCUCAACAGCCUGGCCAGCCUGGCGGACAAAGUCAUGGAGGUGGUGACGCCAGCGGUGUGCAACGUAACACCAUCAAGCACCACUGCGAGUUCAGUGCCGCAAACAUCAUCCUCCGCCGCUUCUCCCAUCGACGUGCUCUGCAAUCGCCUUGAACAAUUAGUUUGUGCUGCGGAGCGUCAUCGCACUUCACCCCGUCACGGAAGGUACCGCAGCUUGAGUAGAUCACGGCGUACAAGAGAAGAACGCUCCCGGUCUCAAACGCCACCACGGGUAUGCUUUUAUCACCGCCGCUUCGGGCAGGAGGCGUGCCACUGCCUCCGUCCUUGUGCAUGGCAGGGAAACCAGCCGGCCGACCUUUAAUGGCGACAACCGGUCAGGGCCAAAGCAAAAGUCGCCUAUUUCAUGUCAUGGACAGAGCCACAGGCCAGCAAUACCUGGUGGACCCCGGGGCGGAGGUCAGCAUUAUUCCCGCGCAACGUUCCGACCGAACUACACCGCCGACCUCCUAUCUUCAAGCUGUCAACGGUAGCAGAAUACCUGUUUACAAGUCGCGGUCCCUCACCCUGAACCUUGGCCUGCGCCGAGUGUUCCGUUGGGUUUUCCUCGUCGCUGACGUUCGCCGUGCUCUUAUUGGCGCUGAUUUCCUGGACCACCAUGGACUGCUGGUCGAUGUGAAACGCCAACGCCUGCUGGACACUGCUACGUUGCUCUCUGUUCAUGGCGCGCGUCGUUUCCUGUGACUCGCCUAUAGUCGCCCUAACCACAACAAUUGCUGGUGAUCCUUUUGCUUGCCUCCUUCAAAAGUUCCCCAACCUCACACGACCACCCGACUGGACAAAGCCCGUACAACAUGAUGUACGUCAUCAUAUCCUAACAACUGGUCCACCUGUAUUUGCUCGCCCACGACGACUCGCCCCGGACAAACUCAAAAUUGCCCGAGCAGAGUUCGAACACAUGUUGGAACUUGGAAUCAUACGACCGUCGUCCAGCAGUUGGGCGUCUCCGCUUCAUCUGGUCCCCAAGAAAUCAGGUGACUGGAGGCCGUGUGGGGACUACCGAUCCCUGAAUGCAAAAACCAUUCCGGAUCAGUACCCACUGCCUAACAUCCAAGAUUUCACGUCGGCACUGGAUGGCACUACAAUAUUUUCCAAAAUUGACCUGGUGCGAGCCUUUCACCAAAUUCCUGUCGCACAAGAAGACAUUCCAAAAAUAGCAAUUACCACCCCAUUUCGCCUUUUUGAAUUUUUGAGAAUGCCAUUCGGUCUCCGAAAUGCUGCAUAGACAUCACAGCGGUUCAUCGACACAAUCACACGUGGUCUGCCGUUCGUUUUCGCCUACGUUGACGACUUGCUUGUGGCAAGCUCAUCCCACGAAGAGCACCUCCAACAUCUCCAUCAGCUUUUUGAGCGCCUAUCAGCAAAUGGUAUCGUCGUCAACACUGCCAAGAGCGAGUUCGGAGUACCAUCACUUGAUUUUCUCGGCCAUCGCUUGGAUAACAACGGCAUCCGCCCUCUUCCUCACAAAGUUCAAGCCAUCAUGGAGUUCCCCAAGCCAGCUUCAAUCACUAAGCUGCGCCAGUUUCUAGGUCUGGUAAACUUUUACCGCCGAUUCAUUAGAAACUGUGCUAUGCUGCUGGAACCCCUCGAGCGUUUGCUCUGCGGCAAACAAUCGUCAACUUCACUGCCCUGGGACAGCACAACAGAUGAAGCUUUCAAUUCUA